CAUUCCAUUGUCAAUUGUCAAAAAUGACUGUCGUGGUCGAGUGCGUCGAGUGCGGAACGGAAUUUUCGCGUUGAACUACGGCCAGGAAACAGUGACUGCGUGCCUGAAACUACUUGGAAAUUGUGCAGUGGCGACUCGGGUUCCGUGAGGUGCAGUGAAACCGUGAAAAAUCGCGGCGGGAAAAGUGCAGUGCGGCAAGUUUUCACUUCGUCCGAGAGGCGACCCAGUGCCAGUCAUCGAGUUUGGAUUGCAACCCGCCGUGGCCCCGCGCCCGCUCGCCCACAACACUCGUCGUCGCAGACCCCAAGCAAGCUCCGCCGCAGCUCCCCGCGGGACCGAACUGGCCGUCAAUGUCAAAACAGCUCCAAGGCGCCCGUGACGAAUCCUACGCUGCCCCCACGGAUGCUGGGAGUUCCUGUUGAGACCAGGACAAGCUUUAGCCAACAUUCAAAAUGCAAUCAUACAACGAUGGGAACCUACUACAAAUCAUCGAAUUAGCACAUACACUCCGACAAGAGCAACUUUUCAUCCAAAAUGAACAGAGCACGUUUGAAAACCUCAUUGAGAAUUUGUCCCGAAACUCCUCAACAGUUGCAGAGAUUGCAUGGAUAUGCGCUCAACAAAGACAAAACUUGAACGACUUGAUCAUAUCUCGCCCCGACACAGGACCUUCAAUAUGCUGCCAACGAGCUAAUCGUUUAGAAAAUACAAAAUUUGUUGAUGCGUAUAAGGCGAAAAGCAUUAAAUAUCAGCAUGUCAUCGCCUACACGGAACUCUUUCACUACCUGCAUCGUUCUCCAUAUCUCCUAGCGCAAUGCCUAUCGGUUGUCGAUCGAAUACCGAAAAUGACCAGCGACAUACUCAAUUCAGUUGUACAUACCAUCGCUACCGGCCUCUAUGGGAACUCCAUCCAUUCCAAAGAUAUUGAAAUGAUCCUGAAGCUGCUCGAAUCGCUAAUAGCACAAAUCGUCGUUUCGGAGAAUCCAAGGAGAAUGCUGCGAUCGGGAUCAUCAGCUUUUUCUCGAUUGUACAAUCGCUUGCAUGAGUCGUUAUUUUCAGCGAAGAUAUUCCUGACGGCUGCUCUGCAUAGUCCUGUCAUGAAAGUACUGAUCGAAAGCGAAACCAUGCUGGACAUGGACCCAAAUAAAGCGAUCAUGAACCUUUCAAGUAGGGAGCGCCUGAGACGAUUCGGCGAAGAAAACACUCCGGAGUACGAAGAGAACGUUCGAAAAUAUCGCGAGGAAACCAUCAACCAGCUUUUUUACCUCGCGAACUAUUUCAUUGAGAAUCUCACACAAAACUGGUCACUAUUCCCAUCGACGCUGCGCUGGCUUGUCCAAACAAUGUGUCACCUGUUAAAACUGGCACACGUAGUGGACAAGGACAUCAACGAAAUCAUCACCGACAUGGUUUUCACAAAUUUCAUAUGUCCCGCAGUCGUAAGUCCCGAUAUCUUUGGCAUUUCAGACGCUCCCGUGUCAGAGCAAGCUCGCGCUAAUCUUAUUCAGAUUGGCCAAAUCCUUCAAAUGAUGGCACUUAAGAAAUAUACAGACCCCGAUCCGAAAUAUCUAGAAAUAUACAGGAAAUUCGAAUCAAAUGCCGUAGCCAAUCUUCUGGACCAGUUGUUGAUAAGCGACAAUGAUGUGAGUAUCGGUGUGGUGGCAAUUCAAUCGCAACAAGGCGACUUUGAACGAUCUCAUGUGUUGGUGACGCAAGGCGAGCUCAAUACGUUCGUCGACUUCCUUAGAAACGUUCUCGAUAAUGAUGAGCUCAAUAUUUCUGGCGAUGACCGUCGCAAGCUCGGAAAAAUUUUAGAUCAACUUCCAGAUAAGCUGGAAUCAAUGCUAAACGGGGACAUGAACUCUUCACCUGGUCACACGACUUCUGAUACAACCAACAGUCGUACAAAGCAGAGCCUUCUGAAUUUGGGCAAGUCUACAAAGAACAAGCUCGUUAAGACGAUGAGUUUGAAUAUAACGGGUUCAUUCGAAUCAGACGACCUACCAGGAGUCUCGCAUGGCUAUCAAAAUGGAAAUGAUGCCGGUUUGAAUGGUUUCAGCCACAAUCAUCAUCACGUUGGCGCGAUCAGCAUGAAUAACAACCAUUACGGCGGGAUCUUGGAUGAAAAUGAGCAAGUUUUGGCAUUUUCGGUUUCAUUUGGGGAUGAGAAUAAGUUUCAGCUGUUGACGGAGGCUGAUGUAUUGAAGAUGAAUUGCAUUGGCGAGGAAAUUGCAGUGGAUCCGAUUGUUUUGACGGAGGAAAAUAUUGAAAAGUUGGAUAAGGUCGAGGAAGCGUAUGAUGGACUUGGGACUGUGCUGAGACCGUCACAUAAUAAGCCUGGAAGAUUUUCCGUAUCACACGACGAUGCCUCCAUUGGUAAUUCAGACAACUUAGAAGCUGUAAGUGAAGCACCAAGCAAUCAUUCAGUCACUAGUUCGCUUGAACUCGAAGAAAACGAUCAAAACGACAAUCUAUCGGAUAUGGUUUCAGCUAAUGUGUCGGGACGAGGAACACCGAAUAUUUCAGGUCGCGACACUCCCUCCUCGCAAGUUACAGAAGGUGAAAACCUUGCCAAUCAGAUCCCAACACCUCAAAUGGCGAAGAUCAUCAACAAAACCCGUUCAGACAUCGAAGACAAGUUUUGUAAGUUUGAAAUCAAGAAACUGAUCGAAGUGGACGAGACAAUAUCCAUAAUUUCGGACACUUGGAGCACGGACGUGUUGGCCAGCGACUCUGAAACCGUCGAUGCAAUAGAAAGAGAUCGUAAUUUCUCAACUCCUCUAAUCCCGUCAGCUGUUGUACUGCCAGGAGACAAUAAUUUUGAUCCUUUAUCCAGUGCUCAACAAGGACAAAUACGUAGCAGCUUUUUGGAUACCUCGGAAACCAGAUCUGAGUCCGCAUGGAGUACUGAUGUAUUGGCUAGUGAUUCUGAGAAACUUGCUGAAGUUGACACAGAUGACAAUAUAAGCAUAACUGUGAAGUCAGAAGGUGACAACAGUCAGGACCAGGAGGGAACUGGUCGUCCAAGCAACGCCCCUGAUUCACCCUUCUUCGCUCCACGUAGUUCAAAUGCCAAUUUCCGAACUCCUGACUCGCCUGGAUACGGUUCUAGGCCGAACCAGUCCCCAUUCGUUUACGAUGAAACUAACGCUGAUAUUCCAGCCCCCAACCCUGCAGUCUCACUCGCUAGAAGUUCAACUCGAAGCGGGGAAAAUUCGUUCCAACAGAAUUACAAAAGUACAUCUGAACGUGUAUCAUUCCUAACAGCCUCCACUGGUGGAAGCAACCGAAUGCGACGACAAAAUUCUGCAGAGAGCAGUAUUUCGAAUCAAAGUCUAAAUCUAGAAGACUGUUACGGACAGAAAAUCAAAGCUGAGAAGUCAAAUAAAGAUUUAAUUGAUUUCUGUGAUUUUCAAGAGGACGGCGCUGUUGGUGGGGAUAAGAAAACAAACGAACCAGCGAACAUUGAAGAUCUAGAAAACUUUCCAAGUGUAUACGAGCAAUUUAGUGAAGAAUCGGUAAUUCAUCGACGACAAUCAUCAGAACAACGAAAUGCCACCUUCGAUGGACGUAGAAAUGGAAUUCUGGAGUUCAGAGCGAAUUCGGACCUGAACCCACGAAGGCAACAAAGUUUGAACUAUGAAAAUCACGAAAUCAUCAAGAAAAACUCAAAUCAACGAAUGACCAUUGCCAAUGCGGAUAUUCCCAUGACCGAUGAUUUCAAAAAUCAACAAAAUGCUCUCGAUGAGAUGCUCCUAAUCCAACGAACCCAGGAAUUGAAUUUGAACAGAACAGUUAACAACACAUCCCCCAAAGAGCCUGCUCUUGGAACAGGACCUAAACCGUCUAAAUCUACCGGUGCCAUUCCAAAAAGCAUCAGUUUUGAUUCGUCCGCUGAUAAAUCUGAACGUAAUUCCCACAUACGUCGAUUGAACGAACAAACAGUUCGACUGAGCAAUGGGUCGGGAACGGGAUUUUUCAAUAAAAUCAAACAAGGAUUCAAGAGUCGUCGCAGCAAUAAAGGAAGACUGAGCCAAGAUGAAUUCUCACGAAAUAUUUCAUUUGUUGUUAAUGGCAAUUUAGAUGCCGCCGAAUGUGAAUUGAAUGGUAGACCGCGCAAUGGUGACAAUGGAUUCGGUGAAGAAGAUAUUUUGGCGAAGUAUAGGCGGAAAGUGUCGACAUCGAGUGAGACUACUAACUCGGAGUCGACGGGAGGAAGCUGCUCGGUGAAUCGUAAGAAUUCAUCAGAUAUUGAUACGAGGCUCCCGUCAGGCAUUUUAACGGACAAGACUUUUGCAUUCUUGCAUGCGAAAAAGAAGAUGCGCAAAGUACUCUCCUCAACUGAUUUACACACGGGUGAUUUCCGACAUACUACGUACUCAAACGCCUCCCCGCUGCUCAUCUAUCUACAAAUCCAACUGGCCCAAGCAAUCAAUCUCCACAAUUUCCAACAAAUCUCGAAUGUAUCCGAAGCAAUUCGCUGCCUAAAUACUCUCGAUCGUGUUCAACAUCAGAAACUUAUCAAAGAACUCCAAAGUGAUAUUCUCAAGCGUCAGAGCUAUUUGCAAUAUUUAAUGCGAUAUCGACAGAAACUACUUUCGAUUAUAAAAAAUGUCGAACAGUUUGAAGAUCGUUUAUUGCGUGAACGUAAAAUGUGCAAUCGACACUUGAUUUCCGUAUGUGUUCGAAUGUUUUUGGAGAAACGUGAACCGAUUAUUGUGAAAUUCCAAGAUGAGUUCUGCGCCCUGACUGUGGUGGACGAGAAGAUCGAUUUGCUGGACGAGUUCAUGGGGAAAUUGAUGGAAGAUUUGAAAAUGGACGGGAUUCUGUUUGGCAUGGCCGACUGGCAGUUGUGCGAUGCGAAGAUAUCAAUUGAACGGAUCUUGCUGCAACGAUUGUAUCGUCAUGUGAUGUUUCCGAAUGAUGAUGGAGAUAUUUCGAGAGAUGAAGUUCUCCACAAUCACAUUCGUAAACUCCAACAAAUCAUCACACCAACGCAUGCAGCACUUCGUAUAUCCGAAGAAUAUCUUACGGAAGCCCCGUGGCCUUUUGCUCAACAACAAAUUUCUUAUAUUUCAGCAUAUAAGACUCCACGUGAAAAACUACAAUGUGUUGUGAGAUGCAUUUCUAGUAUUGUUAAUCUCUUGCAAAUCGGAUGUGAUCGCAUACCGGCUGCAGAUGAUUUACUUCCAGUUCUAAUUUAUGUUAUAAUUAAGGCUAAUCCACCCUAUUUACUAUCAACCAUACAAUACGUGGGCUGCUUCAUCGACGGCAAACUUGUUGGUCAGGAGGAAUUCAAUUGGACACAAUUCUGUUCGGCUGUACAAUUCAUUAAAACAAUGGAUUAUUUAGAUUAAGUUAGAAAGUGAAACUAGAAAAGCAAAAAGAAGGAAAACAAACAAACGGAACAACUUAUUCGUAUGAAGCAGAGGAAGAGAGAGAGAAAUUGAAAACUAUUUUUUGUAAUUAAUUUUUUUAAUUAUUACUCGAAGGCUUUUCAGUAAUAAUAUUCGAGAUAUAUAUAUUUAAUAAUUACAAUAAUUCAUAUUAUCAUUCACAAUGGCACAGCAUUAGAGAGCAGAUUGAAAAGAGAGUGGAGUAGAAUCCACACAAGACUCAGUAGUCACGGAAAAGACUUUAAACAGCUUCAAAGGGAAGCUGCAGAUUCAGGCAUUAUACACAGAGUUUAAAAAAAUAUGAGUGAGAAUAUCAAGGGAAGCGACCUACUAGAAUGUCGUAGAGAAAGAAGCAAUAGAAACGAGGAAGGAUGUUGGAAAAAGUGUGAAACUGCGUCAAACAUUUUUUUACCGAAAAACAUUCAAUUAUUGAAGUGGAAAUUGCUUAUAUAUAUACUUUACAAAAAUUAUAAUUCUUAUUAAACGGAAGCAAACCGAUGGUAAUAUUUAGGCUUAAAAUCAAAUAAUAAUUAAUAGAGAGAAAUAUAGAGAUGAAAUAUUUAUUUACAAUAAAUAAAAAUAAAAGGAAAAUAUU